ACCAUCCUAGAAUUAUCAUCUUCUCCCGGGUAAUUGUAGCUACUAAUCCAAACGGCGGUUCUUUAUACCCCCUCUUGCAUCUUCUCUGCAACCCCUUUCAUAUUACCCUAGCCCGGUGAAUUCUGUGUCAACCAACCCCACCAAACCCCCCUUCUCCUUUUCCAUCUUUUUCACAAAGAUUGUGUGCAGUCGUGAGUGACUGCAUGCAUUUGAUCAUGAUCAAAAAGUUUAAAUUUUAAGACAAUUUUUUAUUUGGUUUAUUAUAAAAUUUUUAGUUGAUAUAUGUACCGUCUGAUCAAGAUCGUACAAUCUAAAUCUCAUGACUGCACGACUGCACCUACUGUCGAAUAUAUCACGUUCAUUGCCGUUGAUUUUGAUUUUUGUUUUAAUUUAAUUAUUAAAUUAUUUUAAUUUGACAUGGCAAAAUUAUGAUUUUUAAUCGGUAGUAGCAAAAUCUAAUAUAAAAAAAAAAAAUAGUACUUCCCCACUUUUAGAUCGCCUAAACCCUAUCGUCAUAGAACAUUACCAAAAAAUUCCACAUGAAUCGAAUUCACAACAACCGAUUUCAAAAACACAAACAACAACAGAAAGAAACAACAACAGCACCGCAAAAAAUGAAUUCCGUCACCGGAACUCGACCUUCUCCGUCCACCGUACUCGAAGAUGGUUGGUCCGUAGAAGCCACGUUCACACUCAUCGACGCUUGGGGAAAACUUUACAACAAACUUAACCGCAAAUACUUCCGUCAGUAUCACUGGAAAGAAAUCGCGAAAGCCGUUAACGAUCACCACGGUUACAGUCGCAAAUCUCGCCGCACUUACGUUCAUUGCAAGAAUCGAAUUGACGCAUUAAAGAAGAAGUACGCAAUUGAGAAAGCUAGGGUUUCUGAAAACGGUUUUUACGAUGAUGAUGAUGCAUUUCCUUUUUUCGAUAAACUUGAUUUGCUAAUUGGUGAUAGUGAUAAUUUACCUGCGAAGAAGGUUAUUCCGCCAUUAGAACCUCCUGUGAAGGUUCCGGCAUGGACACUUGCACCGGUUGGUCUUCGAUCUGGUGCUCAGAGUGCUCAGAAACGACCUACAACGGCGACAACGGAGGAGGAGAGUGUGGAGGAGGACUCACGUUUUCGCCGGAAUUUAUCUGCAUUUGCUGCAGCGGCUGCUGCAGCAGCAGAAGCAGAGAUUGAUAAUUCAGAUUCCGAUGAUUUGUAUUUUGAUGAUUUAAAUAAUUUAGAUGGUUCAGAGUUGAGCAAUGAGAAUAGGAAGAGGAAGAGAGGAAGAAAGGAUGUGGAGUUUGGUUAUAGAGAGGUUGCAGGAAGAACUGUUAGGGAAUUUGGGAGUAGAGAGGUUGCAAAUGUUAUGGAGAAGUCUAGUCAGGUACAUGAGAGAGUGGAGUUAUCGAAGCAGCGAAGAAAUGCUAAGGAGAAGUUUAAUGAAGUACACGAGAGAGUUGAGUCAUCGAAGCAGCGAAGAAAUGCUAGGGAGAAGUUUAGUGAGAUACAUGAAAGAGUGGAAUCGUCGAAGCAGCUAAGAAAUGUUGAUUUGGAGAAACGGAAUAUGCAAUUUGAAAAGGAUUGUCAGAGGUUGCUGCAGCUGCAAAAAACCAACCACUCAAAGGAAACAGAAAGAACGACUUCAUUGAAUGAUCGAAAUGAACAAAUCUCAAAAGUUAAAAAUCUACCAGCUCCUACCCAAAACAGGUCAGAUACCCAGUCUACCAAAAGGAACGUUAGAGGUGCCACUCGGAUGAAGAAGUUAGAACUUGACCUUAUGGAUGGACAAAAAUUACCGAUUGAAUUUGAUGAAUCAACUGCAAAACCGUUAGGGGAAAACAAGACAAAGUUCAAGAGUUAUGUGGGUUUCCUUGGUCGAAGCAAAGUCAGUAUUUUGACGGAUGAUUGGGACUCCGUAGAUCAGAGCGCGAAGGAUGAAAUUUGGACAGAUAUCCUGAAAGUAUGGGAUGUUCCUCAUUCUGGGUUCUUACGAAAGAAAUUGGUUGCAUAUGCGGGUGAGCGUUGGAGGGCAUUUAAGACUAAUUUGACUUCUAGAUAUAUACAUGGGGAUCUUAGGGACAGAUCUCCUCUUGAGAUCUAUAAUUUUCUUGAUGAGGAAACAUGGCAGGCGUUUGUUCAGAUACGACUGGACCCUUCUUUCCUGGAGAUUAGAAAGAAAGCGCAAAUGAGUUCGGCUCAGAAUAAAACCCCUCACAGAUUGUCUCGUGGGGGAUAUGAGUUGCUCCAAGAGAAGAUGAUGCAAGAGAAAUUAAAAGAAAAGAAAGAUACUUUGGGUGGUUCAGUAGCUGCACCUCCAUCUCCACCACCACGCCAUGAGCAAUGGAAGAGAGCACGACAAAAGCCAUCAGGAGAUUACACAUCGGAGGACACACGCAUUAUUGCCGAGAAAAUUGAUUCUUUGGUUGAAAAAACAUCUCAAGGAACUUUUGUUCCACAAGGACGCAAAGAUAUUUUGACAGAAGCCAUUGGCCGACCUGAGCACUCCGGCUUUGUUCGUGGUGUUGGUCGAGGUGUUGGUAUUCGGCAAUACUUUGGAUCACAACCACGUGGCUCCACCCCUCCUGUUUUGAGUAGUGAACAACUACAGACCAUUAAAGUGGAGCUCACUCAGCAAAUUAAAGAAGAAUUGAUGCAGGACCUUGAAGCUAUGGGUUUCUCUAAAAAACCCUCGAACUUCCCUACUUGUUCUCGUAAUACAGCUGUACCUGCGAGCACAAAGGGUAGUUCAUCUAUUGUGCCUCCUGUACUGGAGGAGGACGAAAUCCCAGAACAAUGUGAAUUGUAUGUUGAUAAUUUACUCCAUCCAGUGGCCUAUGGUAAUGUAUACAAGUUGGGGCCUACCAUACAUAAUCAGAUGCUAGAAAAUGAUAUGGUGAGGGUGGCGGUUAGCGAGGUGCUAGAAGGACAUGCCGAAGUUCCUAUUCCCACCGACGAGGUGGAAACGGUUGAGCAGGCCCUCAACAAUUUCAUUCAAUGGCCAAAAAGACUUGUGCAGAUUGUUUCUGAUAAGGAUUUUGAUGUUGAUGGAUCUGAGAAAGACGACGUUUCGCCCAAAAAGUCUGAGCCUCAACUGGAUUCCGCCAAACAAUUGGCUGAGAAAGACAAUGUUUCGCCCAAAAAGUCUGAGCCUCAACUAGAUUCCGUCCAACAAUUGGUUUUAAAGGCGGUGUGUAUGUCAGAAUCUAUAAAGCUCGAUUUGGAACACGAUAGGAUGAAGUCUCUUUGGCUCUCACAGAGAGAUGUUAUGGAGUUGUGUAUGGGUAAACAAGAGUUAUCCAUAACUAUUCUACGAUUGUGGUUAACGUAUUUGAAUCGGCUUUCUAUUAAUGUGGGUAAGAAUGACUUGUAUGGAUUUAUUGAUCCAUGUUUCAUUCAAAGUCAACAUGAUCCAACUAAUGCUGAAGCCUACAUACAAAACAAGUUAUCCGAUGAUAAAAAAGAGUGUUACCUAGCACCUUAUCACAACAAUCAUCAUUGGCAAUUGCUCAUUAUUUGUCCUAGGCAGAAUAAUGUAGUAUUCCUAUGUUCGUUGGAGAGAAAGCCAGAUAAAAAUAUUAUUCACAUUGUUGAUUCAGCUUUGGAUGGAUAUCAUAAGCUGCAAGGUGUUCAAAAGAAGAAGCCAACAUGGAUUUACCCUAUUUGUCAAAGACAACCAGAGAGUUACGAGUCCGGCUACUAUAUUAUGAUACAUACAUUGAAUAUUGUAUCCGCUGGUAUUAUUAAUUUAUGGAUGCAGAUAUUUGGAAAUCCAGAACCAUUCCAGGAGGAUGAACUUGUAAACGUUCAACAACGAUGUGCAAGUUUGAUCCUUGAUUUUAUUCAAGGAAUUUAAAAUGUUUGAUAAUGUAUCUACCCUCUAUUUUGUUAACAAUGUAGUAUGCUAAAACAAUAGGCUUUUGUUUGAUAAUGAAUCUUCAGCAUCUUAUUGAUCAUUCCUUUUUUCCUUUUUCUUUGCCAAUUGAUACAAAAAACGUUUGGUGAUAAAUGAUAUAUUACAGGAUAUAUGGCACUGAUCUGGUGACAAA